CUUUGCUGAUUGGCUUUUGCUGAGCCGGCGGCGGCUGCGUGAGGUGAAGGGGAAGCUGCUCUGCCGUCAGUCGAGGCGGUUAGAAUGGCUGCAGCAGCGGAAUUGAAUAAAUUUUCACUGGGACACAAUGGAGUUUCAAGUACAAGUCAGAAUAUCGGGAUGGAUCCUGCACAUGCAUGUAGCAUUCUGCAGCAGCUUAAAUGUAUGUACGAUGAACAGCAGCUGACAGACAUUGUGGUGGAGGUAGAUCAUGGAAAAACGUUUUCCUGUCACCGAAAUGUACUCGCUGCAAUUAGUCCUUACUUUAGGUCUAUGUUCACAAGUGGCCUUACAGAGAGCACGCAGAAAAAAGUGCGAAUUGUGGGAGUGGAGGAUGAUGCAAUGCGGCUUGUGUUAGACUAUGCAUAUACAUCCAGAGUAUCACUGACAGAGGUCAAUGUGCAGGCUCUUUUCACAGCUGCUAGUCUCUUCCAGAUUCCAUCCUUGCAGGACCAGUGUGCCCAGUAUAUGAUCAGCCGACUGGAUCCACAGAACUCCAUUGGGGUUUUCAUGUUUGCUGAUGCUUAUGGACACCAGGAAUUGAAGGAGAAAUCUCAAGAUUAUAUUAGAAAGAAAAUUUUGUGUGUUGCCAAAGAGCAGGAGUUCCUCCAUUUGACUAAAGACCAGCUCACGAGCAUUCUAAACAGUGAUGACUUAAAUGUGGAAAAGGAAGAGUGUGUUUAUGAAAGCAUAAUUCAGUGGCUUGAGCAUAGCAGAGACAAAAGGGAGCCACAUCUUGCAGACAUUUUUGCCAAAUGUAUACGUGUACCUCUGAUGGAAAAGACCUUUUUACAGAAAAUUCCUUGCACUUUUGCACAGGCUAUGGCUAGAAACUCCUCAGAAGAUAGAAACAAUGAAGGGGCUGAUGGCUGUAGGCCAAGACUUGGUAUGACUGCUUCACAGAUGAUUAUCUGCUUUGAGGCUGCCAACAAACACUCAGGAAAGAAACAAACUGUGCCUUGUUUAGAUACUGUCACAGGAGAAGUCUUCAAAUUAUGCAAGCCUCCCAAUGAUUUAAGGGAGGUGGGAAUCUUGGUGUCACCUGAUAAUGACAUUUAUAUUGCAGGAGGUUACAGGCCAAGUAACAGUGAUGUUUCUAUAGAUCAUAAAGCAGAGAGCGAUUUCUGGAUGCAUGACCAUGCAACAAACAGGUGGCUGCCCAGAGCUCCAUUGCUGAGGGCACGAAUAGGGUGUAAACUAGUUUAUUGUUGUAGCAAAAUUUAUGCAAUUGGAGGUCGGGUGUAUGAAGGUGAUGGACGGAAUGCACUAAAAUCAGUGGAGUGCUAUGAUGCCAGGGACAAUUGCUGGAUAGCUGUGUGUCCGAUGCCUGUUGCUAUGGAGUUUCAUGCUGCUGUGGAGUAUCAGGAUAAUAUCUAUGUGUUACAAGGUGAAUUUUUCCUGUGCUACGACCCUCACAAAGACUACUGGGGCUGUUUGACACCAAUGAGCGUGCCUAGAUCCCAGGGGCUGUCAGCUGUCUGUAAAAGUUCUAUCUACUAUGUAGCCGGAAUUUGUAAAGCACAUCAACGGAUGCUUACAGUAGAGACUUAUGACAUCCAACUUAAUAAAUGGGUGCGGAAGAAGGACCUUCCACUGGAUCAGUCCACAAACCCCUAUAUUAAACUCUUCUUGCUCCUUAACAAACUGCACCUUUUUGUGCGAGCAACACAAGUGGUGGUGGAGGAACACGUUUUCCGUACAAGCCGUAAGAACUCUUUGUACCAAUAUGAUGAGGAAUCUGAUCAGUGGAAGAAAGUGUAUGAGUCACCAGACAAGUUAUGGGACCUUGGCCGCCAUUUUGAAUGUGUUGUUGCCAAACUUUAUCCACAAUGUCUUCAGAAAGUGUUUUGAUUUUCUUCUGGCAACUUGCAUGAACUAAUGGUGUGACAUGGGCUAACAGUAUUUUGUGUAAUCAAAAUGGCUGUUUUAAAAGCACUAAUGAAAACGGAUAGGUGCUUUUGAAAGUAGCAGUGUUUUUGAACUUGUUCAGAUGUUUAGUUUUAUAGUCAAAUUUUACUAACUUUUCACUGGUGCUGGGGAAUAUAAAAGUGCAAUUACUUACAUGGAUUAUAGCUUUUUUAUUUUUAGCUGGCUCCUUCAAUGGCAUUUCUUGAAUUGUAUAGCAGUUGUCCAAUGCCUGGCAAUCUUAAAACUAUGCAGACUAGCAGGCAAAAUUCAGCUUGGCAGUAAGAAAUUGUUUUGCCCAAUGAUAUGGAAAAACUAAAGCCUUUAAUGAGACAUACGGGUAUAAAUAUGUUCAAAAUUAAUAGCAUCUGUAUUUUUUAAGUGUCUGUAUUUGAAAAUUGACCAUUUUACAUUUAGUGACCUGAUUCAAAUGUGAAGGUAUUUUGAUGGCUAGAUCUUAAUGGGAAGCAAGCGAAUUGAAUGGUUUCUACAUCACCUGGAAUAACCAGCGAGUCAAUAAUUGAAAUGUUGUACCAGGAUCAAGCCUUGGAAUUAGUACACACUGCAUAGAGUAGCUGUUAUGUAAAAUUAUUUCACUUUGUCUUUUCAUUGCUUAAAAAUUUGAGUAAAUCUUUCAGUUUUAAUUACACAGCUUUGAAAGACUGAAAAUAUGCAAUUAACAAGUGACAAACCUUUAACUGGUUAAUGAAUAUAACAGCUACUUGGGGUGCAUCUACCUACUGUUGUAACAGGGUAUAUAGUUUUAGAAUGAAGCAGAGUUUGGAAAAAUAACUGAUUUAUCCACUUUGCAAACUAAAUUAAUCUUUUUUUUGCAAGAAAUGACUUCCAGAAGUAUUGUGAUCAGUUCUGGUUUUACUGCAGUACCAAUAACUUUACCAGUUGACAACUUUGUGGACAGCAUUCAAUGUCGUCUCCACUUAAUUUGAACAGAUUAGAAUUGCUGUGAUGAUUCUGGCAUUUUGUAACUUGAGAAUGAAGUGGAUAAUGGUGUUAUGAACAUUUUCCCCUUGAAUACAUCUCUAUCUGCUGCAGAAGUUGAAAACUUUGAUUGCCUUCCUUCUGAAGCAGUCAAUUUUUGUUCAUUUUACAUGAAGUAAGUCUUAUUUUCAUAUCUAGUGUUUACUUCAUUCAUUUUGAACUUGCUGCAUAAUCCACCUAAAAUAUAAAUUGACACACCUGCAAAACAUCCCUAUCUCAGAUUGAGUUUGUUAGCACCAAUUUUUCCUAAUAUUGGUGUAAUCUAGUAAAUUAAAAUUAUUGAUUGCCCAAUUUUAAUUGUCAUCGACAUUCUGCUGACUGAGGAUAUGAAUUUUCAAUAUAAAAAUCCCUGUUUUGCCAAAUACAGCUAAAGCAAACUAAAUCAUAAUAUUUCCAAAUGCUAACAGUUCCAUGAGCUGUUCUUAUGUGACUUAUUAAAACUGCAUUUCUUUGUAUGAUUUUAAAAUCACUAAAAAAACUUACAUUUGGUUUUUGACAAUACAACAUUUUGUUUAAAUUCAAUAUGCAUGCAACAGAUGUUUUAUGUACUACACAAAGUUGGCUAGCUCUUUAAAAUUGAGUGGAAAUGAUGAGCAGAAAAUAGUUUGCAUUCACUAGAUGGCACCAAAUCAUCUUUCUUUGCAUUAACAUACAGACUUCCCAGGGAAAAAAAGUUAUAUAAACAGCAGAAUCCCAUCUGUGGAGAAUUGGUAUCUACAACUGGAUGGAAGUACUAUAUUGCCUUUUGAUCCUAAUUCCAUCAUUGCCCAUUGGCAAGAAUCGAUCCUAAUUCUUUCCAAGUUUUUACAUUACCUCUUGAAUAAUUUGAGAUAAGCUACACUGAUGUGAACUUUCCUAAUCUGCAACCAGUAGAUUUGAUUGUGUUCUACAUCUUGUAAAUUGCUUUAUUGUAAUUUCAUCCAAUAAUUUCUAAUGGACUGGACACCUUGGCAGAAAGUUUUAGUGAAUUAAAACCUAAUUGUAGAAUUUGCAAUGUUCAAUCCAUGCAAGUGUCAUUGCAUUUCAUUCAAGGUGAAGAUAAAUUUAAGAUUCUCAAUAUCCAUAAUACAAUGCAAAAAUUAUAUUGAAAAAUAACCUAAAAUAGAAUGACAAUCUGAGGCUAGAUAAAUCAGUGUAAUCCAAGCAGAACUAGUCAGUCAAACUAUCAGUGAAUAUUUAAAUCACUAUAUUGAUCUUUAUCUAGUAGUUCCACCCUACUUGUAGCGCAGAUAGUUUCAUAACUUUGCAUUGUAUACUUUCAACCAGUUGAGCAGUGGACAGCAUUGAUUUUGAGUAUGGUGUUUGCCACUUUUCUAAGCUCCUACAAUACAGUCAAUUGUUAUUAGUUGGUUUUAACUCAUCUUGGAGCUGACCAUCUUCAGGAAUAUUGCUUAUGAAAGUACGUGUAUGAGUUAGAUUGUUGCCUUUAGGCAUUGGUUGAUGUGGGUUUAGUUACACUGUUAGUUAUAGAACUAAACUCUAGUUGACACUGGGAGCUUUCUUUGGUUAUAAAGGUACAAGAAAUGACUGUGGGAACCUAGGCCUUGGCCAAUGUACAGAACUACCCACAAAUUAGAUUCAGACCUUGAAAAAAAAUGCACUACUCUCAUAGGGGGUAACUCAUCUGAAUACCAGAUUAGGCCGCAAUUUUACACUAGAGGCUUUAUAUGAGUUCCAUAGGUGAAUUGGAGAUGUUUGAUACUGGAAGUUCAUAUAGCUGAAUGUUCCAUCUCCAGUCUUGAAUUUAUUGUUCCAGUCAUUACAAGAUGGCACUAAAUCAUUUUGCUCUGCAUUAAUAUGCAAAAUCUUCCCAGGCAAAAAGAAAUUGAGUUAUACAAGCAGUACAAUUGCAUCUCUAGAGAACUGGUAUCUACAACUGGUUGCAAGUACCACACUGCCUUUUGGCCCCGAUUCCAUAUUUGCCUAGGGAUUUAUUUGUGACUUUCCUGCAUCAGGUAUUUACCGCUUUGAAUUCCAGAGACCCACAUUACCUUUGGCAUGCCACUGUAUCUUGUGGCAAAUAUCAGAAGCCCUCUAAUUGUGUAGUAGUACAUACUACAAUAUUCUGAUGAGCAUUCAUAGUCAGUUCCAGUUAUAUUGGCUAAUGAUUAGAAGAUCUGAAGCAUUCAGUACCUCGAGUGAACUGGUAAGUAAGCCACUAGCUAAUAAGAGUAGACUUGAUCUCUUUUCACUUUCAGUUGUUGCUUCAAACUAUCACAGAACCCUAACAUAGCAUAUGACUAACUGCAAUGUAGGUAGCCUUUAUUUAUAAGCUGGUGCAUCUUAAAUGAGGUUGAUGCCUUUGUUCUAGCUGGCAUUGUGCAUUCUCCAAUUUUACACAGUUCCAAAAUAUCUUGUCUUAGUUUUUUUGUCCUAUAAAUGCUUGAAGGGAGAGUUCUGCCCACAAACUUUAUUCAUAUUUUAUCCACACAUUAAGAGGAAUGGAGGAAAUCUGAAAUAAACAUUCACUAGUUUCUGCCUGGAGAAGUGUUAAUGGCAGCUAUAUUUUAUGAAAUUUAAAUCGAAAAACUUGGUUUUCCUUCCAUGCUGAAUUCAGGAGUAUCCUGAGUGUUGUGUAUUAGGUUAAAAGCAAUAAUGAAGGUCCAGAUAAAUGUUUAUGGGUGGCAUUGUUCUACAGCAGUUAGCUAUAACAACUUUUUGAUUGCAACACUUUUUGGUUAACAGUGCACCUCAAAGAUAUCCCCUAAUAGUUCAAACUGAUUUAUUUUUAGCUUUAUUUUUCAUUAUGAAGUACUUCAGUUUCAAUCUUUGUAUUUUUAACCACUUACAACUUUGCAACUGCAAACUUUUUGAAGCACCUUUCCACAUAUAGUGUUGCAUUAACUAGUGUAAGAAGCUAUACUAUGAAAGAGUGUAAUGCUUAAUUUUCAAAAAUCCUGUCAUUUUCUUAAUUAGACAACAUUGCUGCUGUUUAGGACAAUCUUUUUAUUUAUAGAGUAUAUAUUGACUUUCGGGGGAAAAAUGAUUUGGCCUGAAAAUUAAAUAUAUAAAAUAGAAUUGGGUUAGCAAAUGAAUCCUCAUUGCACCAUGUGAUAUUCAACUUGAAUUGUACAAAUACAAAAGCUGGUUUCUGAUUUGUGAAAUUGAAUCUGCAUUUUUGUAAAAGAAUUUGUAGAAUUUAGAUAUAUUUGCACUGUAGAUUUGCUGAAUUAUUUGUUCUUUGCUUCAGCUAUCAAAGCUGCUCAUUCCAUUGUGUGCAAAGACUUGGCUAUAGUUAACAUGUUUGAUGUGACUUGAAAUGUAUGUUCAGGUUUAUAUGUAAUCACUUGAAUUUUUUGAGAAAUGUAAAAAGACAUCUAGCUGUACUUGCACAUGAUUUGAAUUGGAUGCUUCAGAAUUGGUGUUCAGAUGGGAUAAGCUGGUUUACUUGAUAUGUGAUGUAGUUUAAAGUACUGUGUGACCUGUAACAAAAUGAGACUAUAUUCUUGAAAUAAAUUGAUUAAAAGAA